AUGUCGGUUCGCUUUCCGACCUUACUCAAGAUGGCUAGUUCGGAUCGAUCCACCACCACCCCAGACACGCCGCCAAGCGCGCCAACAGCUUACAGUUGUCCCAUAUCCAUUACCGAGAUACAACCUCAUCUCUACCUUGGCAACCUGUUCAGCAGCCUGCGGUCGGCCGUGCUGGAGGCCAAUCGCAUCACCGCCGUCAUACAUCUCAUGGACGGUCGCUGCCAGUGGAUGAAGCCUAGCAUUCUGAAGAUUGUCCCCGAGGCCAACCACCUCUACAUUCCGUGCCUGGACAGCGCCACCAUGGACCUGCUCCCGUUCAUGGCCCGCGUAUGCGACUUCAUUGAGGAGCACGCGCGGAGCAGCCCCGGCGGCGGCGGCGGCGUGCUCGUGCACUGCCACCAGGGCGUCUCGCGGUCGGCGUCCAUGGUGAUUGCCUAUAUUAUGCGUAAGCAGCGCGUCAGCGUCGACGACACCCUGGCCGCGGUCAAGGCGAAGCGUCGGGUAAGGCCGAAUCCCAACUUCAUGGAGCAGCUGCGCGUGUGGGACGCGGUCGGGUACCAGAUCUGGCAGGACAGCGCCGGGACCAUCCCGAAGCCCGAGUACCAGGCCUUUCUCGACAAGCGGGCGAUUGUACUACGGUCCUUAGGCCUGACGGGCGAUGAACCGAUCGGAAUACAGAACCUUUGA